AAAAUGGGGGAAUCUUAUAUCAUUGCGAUAGACUUUGGAACAGCAUACAGUGGUUACGCUUUCAGUUUGACAUCGAGACAAGAAGAAGUAGAUCCCCAUGUGAAAUUCUGGGGUGAAGAAGUUGGACGAGAAACUCCAAAGACACCUACCUGCAUUCUGUUUGAUGAAAAUGAAGAGUUUGUCAGUUUUGGAUAUAAAGCAAUGCAGACAUAUUUAAAAAAAAGCGAAGAAUCCAAAAGACAGUUCUUCUUCAAUUGUUUUAAGAUGUUGCUAUACGACAAAACAAUCACUACCGACCUGACAAUUAAAGCAGCCAAUGGGAAGGAAAUGAAAGCUCUGAAGGUUUUUGCAGAGGCUCUGAGAUUCCUGAAGGAAGAUGCUCUAAAAACCAUUGAACAAAACACUGGAGGAAAGAAAUUCACAGAAUCUGACUUCACCUGGGUGCUGACUAUUCCUACCAUCUGGGAUAAUUCAGCUAAGCAGUUCAUGAGAGAAGCUGCAACUAAGGCAGGUAUUGUGAGAAAUGGAACUGGAAACAAUCUGGUGUUUGCUCUUGAACCAGAAGCAGCUUCAGUCCAUUGUAAAAAACUGCCACCUGAGGGUUUCAUAGCAGAAAAACAGGGAGGAAACAAACUUGACCAAUCUCCAGGAACUCGUUACAUCGUUGUUGAUUGUGGAGGAGGAACCAUUGACAUCACUGUUCACGAAGUCCUUAAAGGAGGAGUUCUAAAGGAGCUUCACAAGGCCUCUGGGAAUGAUAUAGCUGGACAAAGAGUGGACAGAAAAUUCAAAGAGUUCCUCAGAGACACAUUCUCUGCUGAAGUCUGGGAUGAAUAUGAAGAAAAGUGCCCUCAUGAGGUUGCAAGUAUAAUGUAUGACUUCACACUUUUCAAAAAAAUUGAUCAGGAUAUAGAAAUCAUCUGUCCACUGAAUCUGGGAAUGAUGGCUCAGAAAAAACAAAACAUGGAGGAGUUCUUUAAACACGUGCAAGGAGCAUCUUGGGAUGAGGGGUCAAUCAACAUAUCAAAGCAGAAACUGAGAACUUUCUUUGAAGAGAGUCUAAAGAGCAUCACUCUGAGUCUUACAGAGAUCUUGAACAAAGGAUUCAAAAUUGACUACAUUCUAUUAGUGGGAGGUUUUGCUGAAAGUCAGAUUCUACAGAAACACAUUCAUGAUGAGUUUAUUGAUAACUGCAAAGUUCUGUGUCCAUUUAGACCCCAAGAAAUUAUUAUGAAGGGUGCUGUAGAGUUUGGAAGAAACCAAGGUGUAGUGGCAUCAAGGAAAAGUGCCUAUACCUAUGGAUUAUGUGUCUCAGUGCCCUUUAGUGAGUCAAAGCACAGGGCAGACAAGAAAUACACAAACAAUGAGGGUUACUGGUGUACCGAUGUUUUUAGCAAACUGGUUGAAAUUGAUGAGGAUGUUGGUUGGAAUAAAACAAGAAAGGAAUCCGCAUGUCCUGCAGAAGGACAUCAAAAACAAAUAACUCUUGCAUUUUACCGCACAAAGAAGAAAAACGUAAUGUAUGUGGAUGAGCCAGAAGUGGAAAAAGUUGGCUCAGUUGUUGUUCAGUCGCCUGACACAACACUUGGAAUUAAGCGUGUGAUUGACCUAGAAAUAAAGUUUGGGUUCACAGAAAUGACAGCAACGGCCACUGACAGAGAGUCAGGCUCAGUAUACACAGUGAAACUAGACUUCAUGACAAAAUAA